AUGAUCACUGAUCUGUUUGGCCGCCCCCUUCGGGAUCUCCGUAUUUCGGUCACCGACCGAUGCAAUUUCCGCUGCCCAUAUUGCAUGCCGGCCGAGAUCUUCGGCGAAGCGUACGAGUUUCUGCCCAAAGACGAGAUUCUCACCUUCGAAGAGAUCUCACGCCUGGCGGCAAUCUUCGUCGACGCUGGCGUCAACAAGCUCCGCAUCACGGGUGGCGAGCCAUUGCUGCGCGUCGACCUGCCGAAGCUGAUCGCUCAGCUGUCCGCCAUCCCCGGUGCCGACGACAUCACCCUGACUACCAACGGAUACCUGCUCGCCCAACAAGCGACCCAACUGGCCGAGGCAGGUCUGGUCCGCAUCACUGUCAGCCUGGAUUCGCUGGAUGACGAGGUCUUCAAGCGCAUGAACGGGCGUGGUUUUGGAACCCGCCGCGUGCUGGACGGAAUUGGGCGCGCGUCUGAUGCCGGUUUGAACCCGGUCAAGAUCAACGCCGUCGUUCAGAAGGGCGUGAAUGACCACACCGUGGUGGAGCUGGCACGCCACUUCAAGGGAACCGGACACAUCGUUCGUUUCAUCGAAUACAUGGACGUCGGCACCCGCAACGGCUGGAAACUCGACGAGGUCGUGUCCGCCGCCGAGAUAGUGGCCAUGAUCGACGCCGAACUGCCUUUGGAGCCCGCUGACCCCAAUUACCUGGGUGAGGUCGCCAACCGCUGGCGUUACCGGGACGGCGCCGGCGAAAUCGGCGUGAUCGCCUCCGUGACCCAGCCCUUCUGUUCCAACUGCACUCGCGCCCGCCUCUCCACCGACGGCAAGCUCUACACCUGCCUGUUCGCGACCGACGGUGUCGACCUGCGCGGCCCAAUGCGUAAGGGCGCCUCCAAUGCCGAACUGGCCGACGUCAUCGCCGGCGCGUGGAGCGUCCGACGGGACCGAUACUCAGAAGAACGCGCCGAACUGACCGCGGCCGAAACUGCGAGUCGCCCCAAGGUUGAGAUGUACCACAUCGGUGGAUGA